AUGGCUGACUCCGACUCUGAUGAGGUCUUGGAGUCUGUGCCCAAGACCCCCAAGAAGAAGGGUGUGGACCCGAGCGCCACGCCUCCGAAAGUGAAGAAAAGUCGCAAGCGUAGCCCCCCCUCGGAAGCUGAGACGCCAGCGAAGCGCAAGAGAGGGCGCACCUCUUCACCCACAGUCUCGCGAUCGGCACCCGCAGGCACUGCACCACCUACGCCACGGCGAAGCGCUGCGCCGUCGACGCCGCAAGGUGCAAUGCCGUCCACGCCACGUGCAGCGCCCUCGACGCCAAGAGGCACUGCACCACCUACGCCACGGCGAAGCGCUGCGCCGUCGACGCCGCAAGGUGCAAUGCCGUCCACGCCACGUGCAGCGCCCUCGACGCCAAGAGGUGGCCGGACAGCCGCGUCAGGUUCAUCCAGAGGCGGUACUGCUGCCCUCGCAGCGCUGCCUGCACCUGCGCUGCCUCAGCGAAUGACCCGUGCUCCUGCAGUGCCAGGACUCACGAGCCCGGAGAAGCAACCACCUGUGCUAUGUGGAUGCAAGACCUGCAACAAGCCCGUGCAGCGCUGGUUUAUCCACCCCAAGUUCGGAUGCUUCGUUGCUCGCUGCGAAGGCAUAUUCCCCCACGGUGGCAAGACGAGGGCCAGCUACCACUUCUGGUAUUCCCUGAAUGGCAAAGACUGGGGAGCGACGUCCAGCUUAACCGUCGAGAUGCAGAAGCUAAUGAAGAAAGAGCCUGUCAAGCAGAAACACCAGCCGCAGGCGAGGACGUUCGCCAGGGUGCGAACCCGAACUAUCAAAGUGCUCGAUGUUCCACUCGCAGAGAUGGCGGAGGAUGUCAGGAUCACAAAGCGAGAGCGCCUGGAGCUAGCAACGAAUCUGAUGAAAGAUUUCUGGGAGGCUGCAGGAUCAGCGAUCGAGAAGUAUCUCUCGGAGCAUGGAAGGAAACCGAAAAAGUGGAAGAAGCACAUUUCACGCGUCCGGACGGAGAUGAAGAGUCGCCUGCAAGAGCAGGUCAAGAAGAAGGGGUUCCUCUAUCCCAGGGGGCUGCUGAAGCAUGAG